CCAAUCGCAACCUUGUCACCAACAUCCUCAACAUGCCUCGGAUCAAAGUUGUGGUUACGCGGAAUCUGAUCAAAGAGGCUCAGGCUUUGCUUGAUGUGCGGUCAAACGAACUGGAAAUAGUCCAGUGGCGAUCUGACCAGCCUUGCGAGAGAUUAUGGUUACUAGAGAACGUAAAAGAUGCAAUCGGACUCUUGGUGAUGGUAUCGGAAAGAGUCGAUGCAGAGCUACUGGACGCAGCUGGUAAUCAAUUGAAGGCAAUUGCGACGUUCUCCGCGGGCGUUGAUCAUAUCGACCUUGAUGCCCUCAGGAACCGUAAUAUCCGCCUAGGUUAUAUAGCAGGCUGCCUUUCUGAUGCAGUCGCAGAUCUUACAGUCAUGCUUGUAUUGAUGGCGCAAAGAAGAGGCGGGGAAGCAAUGACCAAAGUAACCAAGGGCGAGUGGCCGCGGAUGCCCUGGCAUCCUCUGCUCAUGACUGGUCCGCAGCUUCAAGGUGCGACGGUGGGAUUCCUGGGCUUCGGACAUAUCGCUCAAGCUGCUCUGAAGAGACUCAUUGCAUUCGGCAUCAAGCAAGCUAUCUAUGUGACAUCAAGGCCGGGGAUGCCGGUCCGUGAGGACUAUUUCGAUCUCAUCAAGCAAUCCGAGGCCGGCUCCUCCAUUCCAAUCAAAGUCGCUGGCACCCUGGAUCAGCUUGCAAGUGAAAGCGAUGUUGUUAUCGUAGGAUGUGCGUUGACGCAGAGUACGAAACAUCUCAUCAACGACGACUUCUUGAACAAGAUGAAGAAUACUGCAGUCAUUGUCAACAUUGCUCGGGGUCCGGUCAUUGACACUGACGCACUGGUAAAUGCACUCGAUCAGGGCACGAUUUUUGGCGCAGGUCUCGAUGUGAUCGAAGACGAACCAAACAUACAGGCCGAUCAUCCCAUAUUGAAGCAGCCGCGGUGCGUCGUACUCCCGCAUAUUGGUUCAGCCACCUACGAGACAAGAGAACAGAUGGCAAUCGAGUCAGUGCAGAAUCUUCUGGCUGGGCUAACAGGGAAGGAUAUGGUCAAUGAAUUGAAAUUAUGA